GGGCGUCUAAUACAACCGUAACCUGACCACUACGUUCAUUACUGAGUGCAUUGCUUGGGUCAGCCAAGACCGUGUCGGGAGAUUUCUGCUUCACAUACGAGCUUGAUAGACUCUAGUUGACAACGUUUACCAGCUGCAAUGGCGGCUCAAGGUGGUCAGGAUGCAAAGUUCUUCCAGCGAGGCAAGAUCCAGGAAUUCCGCGCCGAGUUGCAGGCCGCGGAAGCCAAGGACAAGAAGUUUACGAAACGGAAGACCGUCCUGAAGAAGAUUGUUGCAAAUAUUACGAUGGGCAACGACAGUCCUGUCACCCCUGUUCACUGAUGUCGUGCAAUGCUUAGGUAUACCGUUACUUGAAAUCAAGAAGAUGGUCUACUUAUUCUUGGUUUAUUAUGGUCGGUCCAAAGCGGAGCAGAUACAUUUAGUUAUCCCCAGUUUUCUACAAGAUUGUAAUGAUAGGAAUCCGUUAAUCCGAGCUCUGGCUAUCCGUACCAUGUCCUAUAUUCCAAUACCGGUUGUUACAGAGGCACUUACGGAACAGUUGCGGCACUGUUUGAAGGACCGCGACCCAUAUGUUCGCAAGACCGCCGCUAUCUGUGUCGCCAAAUUGUACACAGCGGAUCCUCGCAAGGCGGAGAAAGGUGGAUUCGUGGAGAUGCUUCGGGAUCUUCUUCUUGACAGCAAUGCUACUGUUGUGUCGAAUGCUGUCGCUGCUCUUUCGGAGAUUGGAGACCGACAGGAUGGCGUCAUUUUUAAAUUGAACCUCACAGUUGCCAACAAGCUCCUGGCGGCUCUCGGCGAAAGCUCAGAAUGGGGUCAAAUAUACAUUCUAGAUUCGCUCCUGCGAUAUGUACCCGAACGCCAUACUGAUGCGGAACUCAUGGCGGAGCGUAUUAUCAUUCACCUACAACAUGCUAACUCAGCGGUUGUUCUUACCACGAUCAAAAUUCUACUGUAUCUCAUGAACUAUAUGGAGAAUCGGAAGCUAAUGGACUACAUAUGCAAGAAAAUGGGUCCUCCGUUGGUGACUCUUCUAUCUUCGGGUCCAGAGGUACAAUAUGUCGCUCUUCGCAACAUUCUCCUAAUCAUCCAAAGACGACCGUCUGUCCUCAAGAACGACGUUAAAGUAUUCUUCUGCAAAUACAACGAUCCAAUUUACGUCAAGCUUGCCAAGUUAGAAAUCAUGUACAGGUUAGCUCGCGAAGAGAACGCGAGGGAAGUCCUCGCGGAAUUGCAGGAGUACGCUUCAGAGGUCGACAUCGAUUUCGUACGCAAGGCUGUACGCUCUAUUGGUCGAUUGGCUAUAAAGGUUCAACCGGCUGCUGACGCCUGCAUUCAGGCCUUGCUGGAUCUUAUCGAAACCAAAGUCACUUAUGUCGUCCAGGAGGCCGUGAUCGUAAUCAAGGAUGUGUUUAGACGGUACCCUGGUAAAUACGAAGGUAUCAUACCUACUCUCUGCGAGAACCUCGACGCGCUGGACGAACCUGAGUCGAAGGCUGCCAUGAUUUGGAUCGUUGGCCAGUUCGCGAACAGGAUCGACAACGCGGACGAGUUGAUGGAUGACCUCACGUACACCUUCAUGGAGGAACCGGUUGAGGUGCAACUGGCUCUCUUGACGGCCGCCGUGAAACUAUUCAUUUACAAGGCCCAGUCAGACACCAGCAAAGCGCUUGUACACAAGGUACUGAAGUGGGCUACGGAGGAAGUUGACAAUCCAGAUCUCCGAGAUCGUGGUUUCAUGUACUGGAGAUUACUCGCCAUCAACCCCACCGUUGCUGGAGAAAUUGUCCUUGCUGAGAAGCCUGCAAUCACCACUGAUUCUGAUAGGAUGGACCGUGGUGCCCUUGACCAGUUGUUGCUACACACAGGAACACUUGGCAGUAUCUACCACAAGAACCCGGAGACUUUCAUUCGUAACGCGGCUGGAAAAGCUUUGACAGAUAGCCCCGCAUUGAAUCCGCUGUCUCGCCAAGUCCUAGUACCUCUGUCGCGACCAAACAUUCCUCCCGCGAUACAUGUACCAGGGCCAGGUCCGCCGCCUCCAAGAGAAGCCUCUGUAUCUCCUGUCCCACCCACUGCCAAACCAGCGCCCCCCGCUCCACCUCAGACUGGAGAUCUGAUUGGUGCCAGCUCUUCGGCCGACACUUUGGAUGGCGAGGGUGAGAACGAGCACGAAAGUGGGGAGCAUGGGGACGAGGAUUCCCUUGCAUCGCCGUCAGGCUCUGCAGAUCCGUAUGCGAACCUGGACAACGCUUUUGGCAGUUAUCUGGCAGAUGAGCCAAAACCACAAGCCGAUGACCAUCUCACAAGAUUAUUCUGACCUUCUGUUUAUGUCUUCAUGUGUAUCUAUAAUUACAUCGUUUACCCUCUGGAAUGUAUAAUUGAUAUACUCAUCACCUAUCGUACACCCCUUCUGCUGUCAUGAAGUAAAGGCGGCCUUGAU